UUACUCAAUUCAGGUUCAUCCUAUCAUCCCCUUCAUGAGAAAAAGAUCGAGUGCUCCUCAUACACCCUAUUCCUCUCUUUCUCCCUUCUCCGCCGUCGUACAGAUCUCCGGUUAGGUUUCCGAUCAUCUCCGAAUCCACAGAUCCUGAAACCUUCCCGAUCCUUCUAUGCUAUCAAAUUUUUCACCAUUUUUUAAGGAUUUUUCGUUGUUACUUGAAUUCAACAAAAAAACUAUAGUGGAUUUUUCCAGAAGUUGAAUCAAAUGUCUUUACAAAACAAGGGAUUCUGGAUGGUAAAAGGAUCUGGACACGUUAGUGACAGAGAGCCGCCGUUUGAUAAUCCUUCCAAAGUUGAACCUAAACGACCUCAUCAAUGGGUAAUUGAUGCUACUGAAGGGGAUUUUUUGCCAAAUAAGAAGCAAGCAAUAGAAGAUGCAAAUGAAAGAUCUAGUUCAGGAUUUUCUAAUGUAAAUUUUACUCCAUGGGAGAACAAUCACAAUUUUAAUUCAGUCCCAAGCCAAUUUAUUGAUAGAUUAUUUGGGUCUGAAACUAGGCCUGUCAAUUUCACUGAAAAAAAUACUUAUGUUUCGGGAGAUGAUUCUAAUGUCGGAUCAAAGAUGAUCACCAAUCAUUAUGUACAUGAUCCAUCUUUUGGCUUGUCUAUAUCUCAUCCUGCUGGAGAUUCUGAAGCAUGUAUGAAUUUUGGGGGAAUCAAGAAAGUCAAAGUCAAUCAGGUUAAGGAUUCUGGUGAUAUGCAAGCUCCAGAGGAACAUAAUUUUGAUAGGCAGAUUAAGGGUGGUCUACAUCAAGCCUAUAAUGGGGAAGUUGAGACAAGAUCCGGAUCAAUAGGGCAAGCCUUUGAUAAGGAUGGCAAUGUAACUUACAUGGGACUUGCCUAUGGCAGUGGGGAUGCCCAUAUCAGAUCAUUUGGUACCCCCUUUGGCAAAGGAGAUAACACAGUCCUAUCAAUUGGUGAAUCCUAUAAUAAAGAGGAACCUAUGGCUAUAAUUCCUUUUGGUGGGUUUCCAGAUGAACGGGGCAUUAUCUCUGGGGGAAGGGCUGCUGGAGACUAUGACCAAUUAUAUAAUCAAUCAUCAAUUCACAUGUCAACAAGUCAAGAUAAAGAGUUUGAUGCAUCAAAUUCCAAUGUAGCUGCAAGUACUCCUUUGGUGGCAACAAAAAAAACUGAAUCUGUGUCCAAAAAUAAACAAGAUACAAAAUCAACAAGGAAAGAAUCUCCAAACACCUUCCCUACUAAUGUCAGGAGCUUGAUAUCUACUGGUAUGCUUGAUGGUGUUCCGGUGAAGUAUGUCUCAGUGUCGCGAGAGGUAAAUUUUGGUCUUUGUUGUCAAUUAUUUCAAUUUAAAAUGCUGCUUUAUAAUUAUGUUCCUUUAUGGAUGAAGGAACUUCGUGGAAUUAUAAAAGGCUCUACCUAUCUUUGUGGGUGUCAGUCAUGUAACUAUUCUAAGGGUCUGAAUGCUUUUGAGUUUGAAAAGCACGCCGGUUGCAAAUCGAAGCAUCCAAACAAUCACAUUUAUUUUGAGAAUGGGAAGACCAUUUAUCAAGUAGUACAGGAAUUGAGGAGUACCCCUGAAAAUUCAUUGUUUGACACAAUCCAAACUAUUUUUGGUGCACCAAUAAAUCAGAAAGCAUUUCGAAUUUGGAAAGAAUCAUUUCAAGCAGCAACACGCGAGCUUCAGCGUAUUUAUGGAAAGGAAGGACGCAACCUCUAAGUCCCCACCACCAUUGUGCAAACUUAACUUAGGUUAGGUUCUAGUGUGAAUAGCAAGAUGCAUCAGUUUUCAGUAUUUAUCUUGUAUCUUUGUUUAGCUCUGUGACCUUUGGUACAUUCUGUACCUUAGUGGUCUUGGUCAAGAGAUUUUUUUGACGCAAGGUCUCGCUCAAAAGAUUGAAAGCUUUCAUUUAUGUAACUUUUGUCCAAAUCAUUGGGAUUAAGUGCUUUUAUUUGUCUAUUAUAGUCUCGAGAAAGCUAAUGUUCUUGGGUGAUUGAAGGAACAAAACUUGUUAAUUUUGGGGCACUGGACUCUGCUUGUGAAGUGUCCUAUCUGUAACUUUAUUAUUUGUCUUCAAAUACACAAGGAAAAUUUACUUGAAUA